AUGGGUAAGCGUAAGAGACUAUGUAUCAUUAGUGAAAGUGAUGAUGAAGGUGGUCCUGCUGAAAGUCAAGGGGAACAACACAUGGUAGAAGAUGUUGACAACCUAAAUCAAGCAGAAUGUCAAUCUUCUGAUAUGCAAUCUCUCGAGAUUGACUGUUCUAACGAAGAACAUUCUGAUCAAGGUCCUCUAAAGAAGCCCAGGGGUCCUACUCAAAAGCCUGAAAUUUGGAGUAUGAAAAAGUCUACAAAAAUAGGAGUAACAUUUAAUUCAUUUGGAAAACCAGUAGGGGACGAAGGUAAUGAGCUUGUGCAAUACCUUGGAACCCUUGUAAGGAUGUCUCAACAUGUUGAAAUUCACUAUCCCGACUGGCGAAAGGUUCCAUUGAGAAAAAAGGAGGAUAUGUACUUGAUGGUUAAGGAAAAAUUUGUUUUUUAUCCCGCUGAAACAAAUCUUAUCAAGAAAUGGAUUAUCCAUAGCAUGGGGAAAAAGUGGAGGACCUGGAAGGGUUCAUUGAAAGCACGUGCAUAUGACUCAAGCUGCACCAUUGAUGAAAUCGUAAAGAAUGAAACUAUGAAAGAUAGCAGAGUGAAUCCUGUACAUUUCAAAGAUCUAGUAACUCGUUGGUUCACCCCUGAAUUUCAGACGACAUGUGAGAAAAAAAGAGGUAGUAGAUCAAAGAUGGAAGAGCCUCAUAUAACCGGAACAAAAUCAUUUGCCCGUCUUGCUCAUGAAGUGGAGAUAUUAAAUAAUGGAGUAAGCUUAACACGAGGAGAGCUAUACAUAAAAAGUCGCACCCGUAAAAAUGGAAAUACUACGGAUGAUAAGGCUGCUGAAGUUGUGGCUUCACUAAAAGCUCUUCCAAAAGACUCUACAAAUACACUAAGUGAGAAAGAUGAUUUUUCAAAUGAUGACUACUCUAAAGUCAAAGGACCAGAAAAGGGGGAUUCAUUCGGUUAA